CAUCAAAAGCACAAAUUGUCUUAAAAAAAUCUUAACACAUUACAAAAGACAAGAAAGAACACAAAAUCACAUCCUAAACUUGCAUGUAUAUAGCAUACCCAUCACCACCGCUUCGCCCACAGUCUUUGUCGCCAUUGAAACAUCAUCGUCUUCAGAUUCAAGCAAUCUCCAGAUUGCUCAAACCCUAAUCUGAUGCGGAAGCAGAAAACAAAACCUUUAAUUCAACUCUGAAAUCAUGAAUUUAUAAAACUGAUAAGACGAAGCACGAUUCUACUGGACACGGCGGCGUACCAAUAUAACAAAGCUGUGUGGAGUCUCUCCUGUUUUGUUUUGAGUGAGAAGCUCGAAAAUUAGAGAAACGAAGACGAAAAUACAGAAAUGCCGAGCGUAGCUGUAAAGCUAUACAGUGUAUUCUUCAAGUUCCUCCUGAAACACCGACUACAAAACCGGAUCCAAACACCGCCCGAGGAAUCCAGCCCGUUUGGAGUAACUACCCGACCUGAAGAAUCGGUUGCCGCGCCCAAUCCUUCAUUCUCUGACGGAGUGGCGACAAAGGAUAUCCAUAUCGACCCCUUCACCUCUCUCACGAUCCGGAUUUUUCUACCCGAAUCCGCUCUUCAUCCUCCCGAACCCGAUUCCAAACUUCAAUCCAGAACUAAAGCCCGCUUGAACGUUAGGCAAGCCGAUCUGGAACAGAGCGAGGUGUUGUUACGGAGAGGCAGUUACGGCCCGUCGAAUGUGGGGACCGCGAUAACGAGACUGGAAGAGAAUCGGAGAAGUAGUUACACUGGUGUUGGAACUGAGGCUUUGAAUUCCAAAUCGGACGCGUAUAGAGGGUACUUGCCGGUAGAUGUGAACCGUAGGAAAUUACCGAUAGUGUUACAGUUUCAUGGGGGAGGGUGGGUGAGCGGGAGCAAUGAUUCCGUGGCGAACGAUUUUUUCUGUCGACGGAUCUCGAGAUUGUGUGAUGCGAUUGUUGUGGCAGUCGGGUAUAGGUUGGCGCCGGAGAAUAGGUACCCGGCGGCGUUUGACGAUGGGCUCAAAGUGUUGAAUUGGUUGGGGAAGCAAGCGAAUUUGGCGGAGUGUAGUAAGAGCAUGGGGAAUGCUCGUGGUGGCGGUGUGGAGUCUAAGAAGUCUGAUAGUAAUCGACAUCUUGUGGAUGCGUUUGGUGCGUCUCCGGUGGAACCUUGGUUGGCUGCUCAUGGAGAUCCUUCAAGAUGUGUUCUACUUGGGGUGAGCUGUGGUGCAAACAUUGCAGAUUUUGUGGCUCGGAAAGCUGUUGAGGCAGGAAGGCUUCUGGAUCCUGUGAAGGUUGUUGCACAGGUUCUGAUGUAUCCUUUUUUCAUUGGAAGUGUCCCCACACAUUCAGAGAUAAAAUUGGCAAACUCUUACUUCUAUGACAAGGCUAUGUGCCUACUUGCCUGGAAACUUUUUCUUCCUGAGGAGGAGUUCAGCCUGGACCACCCAACUGCUAACCCCCUAGUACCAGAUCGAGGGCCACCUUUGAAGCUGAUGCCCCCAACACUGACAGUGGUAGCUGAACAUGACUGGAUGAGAGAUAGGGCCAUCGCUUACUCAGAGGAGCUCCGGAAGGUAAACGUUGAUGCACCUGUUCUUGAGUACAAGGAUGCAGUUCAUGAAUUUGCGACACUCGACGUGCUUCUGAAGAGCCCGCAGGCCCAUGCCUGUGCUGAGGAUAUUGCCAUCUGGGUUAAAAAGUACAUCUCAUUUCGAGGCCACGAGUUCUCUUAUUAAGUGAAAUCCCCAGGCAUAUGUUAGACAAAGCCUCAAUUUGGUCACAAUCUCUCUCAGAUUGGACCCUGGAACCAUGAAGAGGCUGAACAGGUGAGUUUUGCAAUGGAAGUGGCUCUGUUUCUUAUUCAAGUCCUUGCCCUUUUGACUAACAUGCCCCGAUAGUGGAAGCAUUUGAGGGAAGCAAGUUUGAGCUUGCAGCCAUGGAGACGACAGCCCUGGCCUCUACUGGAGACGUCAACCCAAUGAUCAUUGUCACGCCCCACUAUUUCCCCACGCAUUAUUAGGAGUAAUUCUCAGCACACAUUUCAGUCAUUGGGUAAAUUUCAGUUUGCAGUAUCCAGCCUGCAAGUGCAGCCAGUGACAGCCCAAAAAGGAUGCAAUGUAAGAAUCCAAGAUUUCCGGUCUAAUUUAUAGAAUAACAUAUUUUCUUGUAAAAGUUUGUAGAUUAUUUGAAUGCGGGAAGAUAUUUCUACGAAAAAAUUAUUUAAUGUAAUAAUAAAAUUAUGUAUAUUUAUUUU